AUGAAAAGGAAAAAGGGAUUGUUCACUUAUCUGCUUUGCUUGUUUGUAGUUCAUAACGUUUGCCAAGGUAAGAUUCGAGGGAAGGAUAAAUGCGUGUGUGGACUCUUUGAAUAAGAUGUUCACCGAAACUAUCAAUAUAUUAUUUGAACUAAUAUAUCUCAGGGGGACUCAACGACGGUUUCCUCCUAAAUGCAUUAAAAACACUUUUUAGGCUAUCCAGAAUACUUUUAGAUCUUAAGAAAUACAUUCUAACGGCGCUAUAAUAUUUAUAUCUGUUCGGUCAUCCUAGGGCAACUUGGGUCUUUUCGAAAUUACCAGGGCUUCAGACGUGUUAUUUUCCCGAAUAUUUUUGAUGCAAUUUAAUGUUUUAUGAAAGUGAGAAUUUUUCUGAUUCCUCUUUCCAUCGCAUUUUCGAAUCAGAAAAUUUUAGGUUGCCUUUUUCUGCGAAAAAUUAAACUUCAGAAAAUCUUAGGGAAAAAUCGAAAAUUGUACUUGAAUGGAACGGUCCUCUAAAAAUUCUUAGUCUUCCCCAAGGUAUAGGAAAUUCUAGGCAAUUUUUGCUUUUCUAAACAGAUAUCAAACGAUAGACGUUAUAUCUAGGAGUACCUACCAGCCAUUGCAGCCACUUAACCGAAAAGAGGCCGAAAUAGCGCUUUAAGGCUUGCAUCCGAUAAGCCCGAAAAUCACACUAAGAAAGGAAAAGCAGUGGAAAAAUAUACAGAGCGAAGGAAAUAUAAAGGAGGUGAUAAGGAAAGAAUGUAAUAAUUGCCCUCUUAGUUUUUAUAUUUGCUGCUUUAGAGAGACGAGUUUUUGAACGAAACAAACGGCUUGACUAUAAAGAGUUCUACUUUAGAAGUAACGUUUUCAAAAAUCCAGCUAGAUAUUAAAUGAUAUUAAUCUAUCUGUCUUUGCUAAUAAUUACAUGUAGGUUUACUCGUUUAUUCCGAAAAAAGAAAAGACUUAUCUGCCCCCCUGUUUGAUGUACACGCCAGCGACAGAGAUAGUAUCACGGGAUCCAGGACUACACUUAUUACCACAAACUCUGGCAGGGAUUUCCAUUCAUCCCCAACUGGUAAACUUAGGAAAUCUGCGAACGCUCGUCGGAAGAUUAUUCGUCCUUCACUUGAGGUAAGCACCGUUCAGCCUCGUACGUUUCAACAGCGGAAUAACGAACUGAAAUCUAACACAAGCGAUGGUAACGUGGGGGAAAAUUCAAAGAAAAUAUCUUCUGGAGCAAUGAAAGUUAAAGACCAGCUGCUAGGACACGCUUUGAGGGAGUCCGCAAUGGAUGCUGGGAUGAUACCUCUGAAAGAAACUAAACUAAAGGAUUUUGAAAGCAAAAAGAAAGCAGAAGAAGUUACAGAAAGUAAAAUUCGUAAACAGACAGUCAAAGGUCAGUCAUUUCAAGUUAAAAUAGGCGACAGCUUGUUGCAAGGGGAACCUAUUCUGAGAAAGUCUUACGGACCUACCCAACCUCGAGCAAGAUCACACAUUAAAAUGGCUUCGCAUUCCGAAACAAGCUUGAAUGAUCGAAGGUCAUCAAUAGCAAGGAAGCAGAAUUCCCUGCCUACAGCAACAAUGGAAUCACUCUCUCCUGGAGAAGUUGCGACCAUAACUGUGGGAUUAUUGGCAGGAGCGAUGGUACUGAUGGUUAUUGGGACAGCACUUUGGUGAGUUUAAUGUUAGCUGCAGAAUAGACCUUAUUCACGAUACCCGCCGUCUUUGCGCGAGCUUUAGAACUGAUGGGAUAAAAACAAUGUUGCAUGGUUUCUCCGGGGGCGAACAAGUGAAAAAAUUUGCCAGUGCAAGAAAUCGCGGUUGAUUUUGUUUAUUCUGUACAUCAGAAAAUGAAAAACUUGUAAAAAAGACGAUGGGGGCAAGUUAUGGGUAGAACUGAUCAUGGAUGCAUUAGCGACCGUAGAUGUCCUCACAGAAACCAAUAGUGAAGAACUCGAACUGUACAUUUUUCAAGAUUAUUAAUAUUUCUUCUCGUUUUUAUAGAAUAAGCAAACUUGACCUCGACUACUCGUAUUGGCACAUUUUAUCACUUGUUUGCCCCUUAGAAUACCAUGUGACAUUGUUUUUUCCCCAUCGAUUGCUCUCGUGCACAUGAGAUGGCGAAUCGUGAAUAAGGUUUAUUUUAUCGUCAAUUGUCCGUGGGUGUCUUAUGAUUGUCUGGGUAUCAGAUGUUUCUUGGGGGAAAGGGCAAGGAAGACCUACAUCUCCGGCUACUCUUAUGAUCUCGCCUAAGGUUCAGCCCAUUUAAGGUAACCCGGACUCCGGUAUCCAAGAAAAUUUUACUCGUGGAAUGUGGAAUCCUGGGUUUUGGCGAUAAAGUAUAUCAAAAAACAUCUGAAACCUAAGAUAGACAAUAGACCGGAAGAAAAUAAUUAAUUAGCUUUUGAUUACAUUAUUUACGAGGAGCUCCCAAUACGAUAUUGUUCAAAAAUUGAAACAAAGCAUAAUAUAACCGGCGACUUUUUGUAUAGAUCCAGAUUUCUGGAAAAAAAGAACACCUAAAGCGAACAAGAACACACCAUAAAAUGUGCUCUUUAAGCAGCAAAGCAACAACAUGGGUAAAAAUUUGUUAUUGUUUCUCCCUUAGUUCAUAAGUAUUGCAAAAAUAUCAAGUUUUAACGUUGACAAACAAGGAAAUCAGUACUCCGCCUAGUUGCUUCUUAUUCUUCUAAGAGAUGGCGGGGGCGAGAAAAAUCACAACGGUUAUUAAGGAGCGUCGGGGAAGUGGUUCAGUGGAUAUGCUAUUACAGCGACUGACUGUUUUGUUUGAAAUUUCAAAAGCCUGGGACGAGGCUCCCCAAUGGUGGAAAAAGGAAAAAAACGAAGUAAAAAAGAAAAAAAAACAAAACAAAAAUACAAUCGUCGAGAGAGCGGUGCACUGAAGAGAGGGUAAGGGAGGCCACCCUUCCCCGUUCCCAGACUUCCGCUCGGCUGGCUUCGCUCGCUGAGAUUUUUUGGCUGAGGAGCCUGGUCCCAGGCUAGAAAUUUAGCAUCUUCCAAAGUCUGUUAAUUCAAUUUUUCUUUUAAGGAUGAAGUGCGAGAAUCGAUUCAUUAGGCGUACCGAUCCAGAAUUAGGAUUAGCGAGUCCACCGAUGACACGCUUUGGUGAAGAACUUAGUGACGAGGAAAUCAUAUUUGAAAGGAAUUUCAAAGUUACAAGAAGUGAAAAGGAACCUUCGACACCGCAAUCAAAUUCAAGCUCCACUAGUGCCCCUCAUCCAAAAAGUCUUUUAACAACGUGA